ACAUUUGUCAGUUAAUGUGACACAUAAACAAGGGGAGUGAUUCGCAAUUUUUAUCGAGUUAUCAACAUCUUUUUCGUGGAAAACCGCAGCCCACAAACUUUAUUUAUCCCAAAAUCCUUCUGAAAACCAACCACCGAAUUAAUCAGGUAAAAUUAAAUCGAUUUUGCCGUACGUGCAAUCGCUAAAAAUAAACCGUAUUGCACCAUCGUCGUCGCGUAAACGUCACAACAAACGAGGAGUGGAGAGCGGAGGAGCGGGGGCCCCACCAACCGGCAGAAAAGUCGCUCGCUCGCCGGUCAUUCAUCAGGUGAUAAUACGGCACACGCGCACUCGAAAUAGCGCCAACAUGGAAAGAAUUUCAAAAUCCCGUCAUUCGGCCGGCUGUGGUUUUAGUCGCGCGUGCGAAGGGACCCCGCGACCGACACGAUGCCUUCAGAGAAAAUCGAGAAAAGCUUCGUGUUGAAAAGUUUCAAUAACAUCAUGGAACAGAACAAUUCGCAGGCGGAACUGGUGCGGGAAAGUGCGGAGGAGACGGGGGGCGAACACGAGAGGUCCUGGGCCGACGUCAAAUGGACCGAAUGGGUCUCCGUCAUGGUACUAUGUUACGUAAAUUUAAUUAAUUAUAUGGAUAGAUACACCGUUGCUGGUGUCUUGGAAGACAUCCAAGCGGAUCUAACAAUAAACGGCAAAAAGGGGGUAAACAACGACCUGGCGGGGCUCCUCCAGACCGCCUUCAUCGUCUUCUACAUGAUAUUCGGCCCCAUCUUCGGCUACUUGGGGGACCGGUACAGCCGAAAGUGGCUUAUGGCAUUCGGGGUCACCCUCUGGAGUCUCACCACCUUAUGUGGAUCUUUUAUGACCAACUAUUGGUUUUUCUUGCUAUUUAGAGCGAUGGUGGGGAUCGGGGAGGCCUCCUAUUCAACCAUAGCUCCGACUAUCUUAAGUGAUUUCUUUGUGGGGGAUAUUCGGUCCAAGAUGUUGGCCUUGUUCUAUUUUGCCAUUCCAGUUGGCAGCGGCUUGGGGUACAUAGUGGGAGCGGAAACCGCCAAACUAUUGGGCAACUGGCAGUGGGCCCUUCGGGUAACCCCCGUUCUGGGCGUGGGGGCCGUGCUGGUCAUCGUGCUCUUCCUCAGGGAGCCCGAGAGGGGCGCCAGCGAGGGCGGCGGACACAUGGAGGCCACCUCCUGGAUGGAGGACGUCAAAGAAAUCGUCAAAUGUAAAAGUUUCGUUUUAUCCACCGCGGGAUUCACUUGCGUGGCCUUCGUAGCGGGUGCGUUGGCCUGGUGGGGCCCCAAGUACAUAGAAAAAGGGGCGAUCAUCCAAGGACGUGCCGAUCAAGUGGAUGGGGUGUCCUUCCGUUUUGGUAUAGUGGGGAUGCUCUCGGGGCUCAUCGGGGUGCCGCUGGGCUCCAUGGUGGCCCAAAGGCUGCGACAUCGUUUCAGAAGAAUCGACGCCUACAUAUGCGGCAUCGGUUUGCUGAUCUCUUGUCCUUUUAUCUUCGUGGCCAUUCUGGUGGCCAAUUACUCGACCACUUUGUGCUUUACGAUGUGUUUCUUCGGCGAGCUUUUCUUCAACUUGACUUGGUCGAUUGUAGCGGAUAUUUUACUGUACGUUAUUAUGCCGCUAAGGAGAUCCACAGCUGAAGGUUUCCAGUUGCUUAUAUCGCACGCCCUGGGGGAUGCCGGCAGCCCUUACCUUAUUGGAGUGCUCUCCGAAGCUUUUCGCAUAAUGCUGGAAGGAAAAACUUCCACCACCACCACCACCACGCCGCUGUCAAAUUUGACAGUUACGAGUACGACAUUGGCGACACCCACGCAGGCGGACUACAACGAGUUCAAGGCGCUCCAGUACGCCCUCUUCACCACCUGCUUCAUCGAGGUGAUCGGGGCGUUGUUCUUCUUAUUGAACGCGUUGUACAUCGUCGAGGAUAAGGAGAAGGUGGACCGGGCGAUACACGCCGAAAAUAAUCCACCGCUUGGUACGGAACAAUCUGAUCCGCUGGCGCCGACCCAAACUCAAAAUUUGUAGUACGCAACUCCGAGUCGCUUUUGAUCAACGAGGAUCAACAACCAUCGUAGUCGGUUUCACUUUUUAGCCCUUUAAGCGCAAAAGAGAGGGAAUGUGUGUGCGUUUUAUUAUUUAUUUGCUUGUUUACGUGAGGUACUUUUAUACAGUGCUUUUGAAGCAUAUUGUGUGUAGGAAUGAGUAGGUACAGAGAAACGUGUAAAUACUCUCUGUACUAGUGUAUAUAUAAGUAAAGUGAUUAAUAUUUAUAUUUCGGUUUGCAUAGAAUUAAAUUCAUUUAUCCGGUUUGUGUUCCACAAAUAGACUGAACGGUAGAUGCUAAACAACUCAUUUGUAAAUAUCCAUUUUAUGAACGUUGUUCGCGGCGAUACUUGCAUGGGGGUCAUAAGACAGUUUCCUUCCAAUAAACCAGUUGUACUUAUCAGUAUUUCUUAAACAGCUAAUGAGCAUCUUACUAUUUGACUGCCACUGGUGCGUCAGAGUUGAUCUGAACGUCUCCGUGUGGCGGCACCACUAAUAACACGCUAAAGACUGAUCUUACCACCUAAUAAUUAAGGAUAAUCCACAUUAUUAUGGAUUUUCGUUUGAAAACCGCCUUAUUUGUAUGAAAUAAAUGAAAUGUUUCGUCACAGGUG